AUGCUCGGCCACUCGCAAGGUGGCCUCCUCUUGCGUAACGUCUUGCAGCUUGUUGAUGGCCUCAAGGUCGCCAACUUUGUCUCGAUGGCCGGCAUCCAGCAGGGCUACUACGGCACCGCCGUGCUCGAGCACAUCCUGCCCAACGUGACCGAGCGCGCGCUCACCCGGAUCCUCUACACCCGCGAGCUUCAAGACUCGCUUUCUGUUGCCAACUGGUGGCACUCGCCGUUCGAGAGCAACGUCGUCAGUGCACAAUCUACGCCUGGUUGCCUCGGAGUCUCGUACCUGGCCGACAACGACUACCUCCCAUCGCUCAACAACAUCCGGGCUAACAACGUAACCGCCGCGUACAAGACCAACUUUGUGGCCAACGUCGACCACCUCUAUCUCUUUGGCUCACCCCAGGACGGCACGGUUGUCCCGUGGAUCUCCGAGCUCUUUGGCUUCUUUGGCCCUAACGACCUCUCCACCCUCAUCGAAAUGGAGGACACGCCCGAGUACGUCGACGACACCUUUGGUCUCCGCACUCUUGAUGCCCUCGGCCGUCUGCACCGCACCGCCGUCCCCGGUAUCGAGCACUCGCAGUGGCUCCACAACAAGACCAACUUUAUGGCGCACAUCGCCCCGUUGCUGUAUUGA